CCGCCGGAGGCUGGCCUGGACGCACGGUGAAAGACGAGUUUGGUGGCAGGCUUGGCCCCCCGGGCUGCCCGCAGAAGCCGGCGGCCGGAGCCUCGGCGGUCGGGCCGCGGCGGCGGGGCUGGGCUGGGCUGCAGCGGUGGGAGCCGGGCCGCCCCGGGGUCCCAGGGAAGGGGGCGGCAUGGCUUCGGUGUUCAUGUGCGGCGUGGAGGACCUGCUGUUCAGCGGCAGCCGCUUCGUGUGGAACUUGACCGUGUCCACGCUGCGGAGAUGGUACACGGAGAGGCUGCGGGCUUGCCACCAGGUGCUGCGGACGUGGUGCGGGCUGCGGGACGUGUACCAGAUGACAGAAGGCAGGCACUGCCAGGUGCACCUCCUGGAUGACCGGAGACUGGAGCUGCUGGUUCAGCCCAAACUUUUAUCAAGAGAAUUGUUGGACCUCGUGGCUUCACAUUUCAACCUGAAAGAAAAGGAGUACUUUGGAAUAACAUUUACAGAUGAUACAGGUCAGCAGAACUGGCUACAGUUAGAUCACCGUGUUCUUGACCAUGAUCUACCCAAGAAGCCAGGCGCCACCGUUUUGCAUUUCGCUGUGAGGUUUUACAUUGAAAGCAUAACGUUUUUAAAGGAUAAAACCACCGUGGAGCUGUUUUUCCUGAACGCCAAGUCCUGUGUGCACAAGGGGCAAAUCGAAGCGGACAGUGAAACCAUCUUCAAGUUAGCCGCGCUUGUGUUACAGGAAGCCAAAGGGGAUUAUGCCAGUGAUGAAAAUGCCAGGAAAGAUUUAAAGACCCUACCAGCCUUUCCCACCAAAACUCUUCAGGAGCACCCAUCCCUUGCUUACUGUGAGGACAGGGUAAUUGAGCAUUAUUUGAAAAUCAAAGGUCUGACUCGGGGUCAAGCUGUGGUCCAGUAUAUGAAAAUAGUAGAAGCUCUACCCACUUACGGAGUCCAUUAUUAUGCAGUAAAGGAUAAACAAGGACUUCCUUGGUGGCUUGGAAUCAGCUAUAAAGGAAUUGGCCAGUAUGAUCUGCAAGAUAAAGUGAAACCUCGGAAAUUAUUCCAAUGGAAACAGCUGGAGAACUUAUAUUUCCGUGAGAAGAAAUUCGCCGUUGAAGUUCACGAUCCACGGAGGAUUUCUGUGUCAAGAAGAACCUUUGGGCAAAGUGGCCUCUUUGUGCAAACGUGGUAUGCAAAUCCUUCCCUCAUCAAGUCCAUCUGGGUAAUGGCAAUUAGUCAGCAUCAGUUUUACUUGGACCGGAAGCAAAGCAAAGCAAAAAUUCCUUCAGCCAGGAGUUUAGACGAUAUCGCGAUGGAUUUGACGGAGACAGGAACACCGAGGGUCUCCAAAAUGGUGACACUGGAGGCAAAAAGUCAGUUCAUCAUGGCGAGCAAUGGCAGUUUAAUCUCCUCAGGUUCUCAAGACUCAGAAGUUAGCGAGGAGCAAAAGAGAGAGAAAAUCCUGGAGCUCAAGAAGAAGGAAAAGCUCUUGCAGGAAAAGCUCCUGAAAAAAGUGGAGGAGCUUAAGAAGAUCUGUUUGCGGGAGGCUGAGCUCACUGGCAAAAUGCCAAAGGAAUAUCCGCUGAACGUAGGUGAGAAACUGCCUCAGGUCAGAAGGCGUGUAGGCACCGCGUUCAAAUUGGACGGCAGUCUGCUGGCGAGUGAAGAGGAUCCUGCUUUGCAAGACCUGGAGAGCAAUUUCCUCAUACAGCAAAAGCUAGUCGAAGCUGCGAAGAAACUUGCCAACGAGCCAGACCUUUGUAAAACAGUGAAGAAAAAACGAAAGCAAGAUUACACAGAGGCAGUGAAAAAGCUUCAGGAGAUUGAAAAUGCGAUAAAUGAAUAUCGAAUCAGAUGUGGAAAGAAGCCCAGCCAGAAAGCCACAGUUACUUUACCAGAAGACAUAAUCCCAUCGGAGAGCAGCUCCUUGUCUGACACUACCACCUAUGAUGAUUCCAAUGACACCUUCACUCUCGCUGGGCAGCGACCAAGUUCAGUACCUCAUUCUCCAAGAAUUCUUCCCCCCAAGUCUCUUGGUAUUGAGCGAAUCCAUUUCAGAAAGUCAUCCGUCAAUGAACAGUUUGUGGAGACCAGGCAGUCCAGGGAAAUGCUGUCGACCCACAGCAGCCCUUACAAAACCCUGGAGCGGCGGCCCACCGGUGGACGGAGCAUGCCCACCACUCCCGUUCUGACCCGAAAUGCCUACAGCAGCAGCCACUUGGAACCCGAAUCUUCCUCCCAGCACUGCCGCCAGCGCAGCGGAAGCCUCGAGUCUCAGUCCCACCUGCUAUCUGAGAUGGACAGCGAUAAGCCAUUUUUCUCCCUCUCCAAAUCCCAAAGAAGUAGUAGUACGGAGAUCCUGGACGACGGGUCCUCCUACACCAGCCAGUCAAGCACGGAGUAUUACUGCGUGACGCCCGUCGCCGGCCCCUAUUACACUACCCAGACUCUGGACACUCGUGCCAGGGGCCGGAGAAGGUCCAAGAAACAGAAUGUUUCGACUUCAAAUUCAGGAAGCAUGCCCAACCUAGCACAAAAGGAUAGUUUGAGGAAUGGCGUCUACACAAAGAGCCAGGAACAACCUUCUUCUAGUUACUAUAUUGCUGGGUACACACCCUACGCGGAGUGUGAUCUUUAUUACAGCGGAGGCUACGUCUAUGAGAACGACACAGAGGGACAGUACAGCGUCAAUCCUUCCUACCGUUCCUCGGCCCACUAUGGAUACGAGCGCCAGCGGGACUACAGCAGGUCCUUUCAUGAGGAUGAGGUCGACCAUGUGCCCCAUAACCCAUAUGCAACUCUCCGGCUGCCUAGGAAGGCUGCUGCUAAGUCGGAGCACAUCACCAAAAACAUCCACAAGGCCUUAGUUGCAGAGCACCUGCGUGGCUGGUACCAGCGGGCCUCUGGACAAAAGGACCCGGGGCACAGCCCACAGACUAGCUUUGACUCAGACAGGGGAUCGCAGAGGUGCUUGGGGUUUGCAGGGCUGCCAGUACCCUGUUCUCCCAGCAGCCGAACAUCCUCCUACUCUUCCGUAUCUUCUACAAAUGCUUCCGGGAACUGGAGGACCCAGAUAGCAGUAGGGCUAUCCGACUACGAGACCCCGGCACAUUCUUCCUACACCAGCUGCUAUGGCAACAUGUAUAAUCCUUUGCCCUCUCCAGGCAGGCAACGCCAAGGGCUUCUGUCGCAGAGAAUGGUUGUGUCUCCCGAAAUGAGAUCAGUUUUCAGUUCUCUUUUGCUCAGUGUAGCCAGCUGUAACAGUACCCAGAGAUCAGCACAGAGGGAAGCCGGUCGGAGGACAGCCUGGAGAGCAGGGAGCAGAGGCUGUUCUGGCAUGAAGAUUCGAAGCCUGGAACGUUAGUCUGAACUGCCAUCGGACCUCUUGGCCAAGCGCUGCGUCCUCACACUAGUGUGCCUUGCAAAAUGUGUUGUCUUCCCAGAAAGCUGUUCGGCUCUAGAAAGCUAAAGGCAUCCGAGGUCCAAGAGAGGACUUACUGGUCCCAGAAGGGAGUCCUCCACGGAGGCUGAGCCUGCCUGCGCCAGGUCCCUGAACGGCUUGCCUUCCCCCCUCGGGGCACUCACCCGACAGAGCCAGGUGGAACUGUGGCCAAGGGAGGACUCAGCCUCAAUCGGUAGCAAGCACUUUUUAAGGGAAUAAAAGUUGUUGAAGGCAAACCGCAAAACUGUGACCAGUGCGUUCAGGGUCUCCAGUAGGAAGGAAGGACGGGAAAUUGCAGAGCACAAUUCAGAAUGAUGAGAAAAGGGAAAGCAGAAGCUCCUUAGUCAUUACUCACCUUCAGAAAGUUUGGGUUUGUGAGCCGGCGAGGAAUCACUUGCUCUCUCUACCCGCAUCUGAACCAUUUAGACAGUAUUGGAAAAUUACUUGAAGAGAAGCUGGAGUCUCAUGAAGUUCUGAAUGAGUUGUAAAUGUUUCUAGGAUAUUAUAAAGAGUGAUGGUUUUCAUAAACCCCGUAAAAUGGGUUCUGGAGAGACUUAUUGCUGUAGCAUCCUGUAAUAUAACUUUAUGGUAGCAGAUUGGGAAAAACAAAGCAGCCCACUGAAUUGACAAAUUCUGCUUGGAGAAUGUUCUAAGGUACAAUAUUAUUGGGUUCCUUUUUUCUUUCUACACCAGUGGCCUGAUGGGUUAUAUUAUUCAGGCUGGUAACUCUCCCAUUCUGCUGCCAUUGGAAAUGGCAGACCUGAUAUGGAAAGUUUUUCUAAUCCAGAGUUUGAAAAAGUACUUUAAGGUAAUACAGAAAGAACCCAAAACAAAAUGAAAUGGAAAAAAAAAAAAAAAA